AGAGAGAGAGAGAGAGAGAGUGCGGGGAUGGGAUGAGAGAAACAAAGAACAAAAUAAAUAAACACCAGCCUCCUUUAUCUUUCCGUCUCCUUCUGAUCUUUUCUUCUCUUUCUCUCUGCAGCAGCAACUAUCUCUUGUUGAUGUGAUUCUCCAUCCCCUAAAAACCCACAUCAACCCUUUACAAAAGAGAAAGCCAUGGUUUUCUCAUCUGUUCCCGUCUAUAUGGAUCCACCCAACUGGCAACAACAGCAAACAAAUCAUCAACAACAAGGAGGUGGUAAUGAUCAGAAUAAUCAUCAGCUUCCUCCGCCCCCACCUCAAGAAGCUGGAUGUAAUUCAGAAGGUGGCGGCAGCGGCUCAAGCUCGAUCAGGCCUGGAUCCAUGUCUGAUCGAGCCCGGCUAGCCAAGAUGCCGCAGCCAGAGACCGCACUGAAAUGCCCUCGAUGUGAAUCCAUAAACACCAAGUUUUGCUACUUCAACAAUUACAGCCUUUCACAGCCUCGUCACUUUUGCAAGACCUGCAGGCGCUACUGGACCAGAGGAGGAGCGUUGAGAAGUGUGCCGGUCGGAGGAGGCUGUCGAAGAAACAAAAGAAGCAAAGGCAGCGGCGGCAGCGGCAGGUCAAAAUCUCCAGCCGCAGCCGGUAAUUCCAGCUCAAGCACAGUCCACUCUUCCAACAGCUGCAGCACCAGUGACAAUAUCAUAGGCCAUUUGGCUCAUCCACCACCACAUCAAUUACCAUUUUUGCCCUCUUUACAUCAUCUUGGUGAUUAUGGUUCCGGGGACAUGAUAGGGUUAAAUAAUUUUGGGGGCAUGAACCAAGCUGCUGAUGUUGAAUUUCAACAACAUCAGUUUGGCUCGGACCGGUUGACGGUCCGGCCAAAUUUAGGCAUCAACAUGAUCAACACUGAGCAUUGGAGGUCAUCACUGCUUCAGCAUCAAGUUCAGCAAUUUCCUAAUUUCUUGGCUAAUUUGGAACCACCAACUAGUUCUCAUGGGAUGUACCAAUUUGAAGGUGGAAAUGUUCAUCAAAAUGUUGGCCUCCUUCCAAUGUCUAAGCCAUUGGAUUCUGUGAGUCCUGGGGUUGCUGCUACUCAGAUGGCUAAUGUGAAGAUGGAAGACAAUAAUCAUCAAGCAUUGAAUUUGUCAAGAAAUUUUUUGGGCAGCCUUGGAAAUGAUCAUCACCAAUACUGGGGUAAUAAUGGUGGUGGUGGCAAUGCUUGGACUGAUCUUUCUGGUUUCACUACUUCUUCCACCAGCCAUCUCUUAUGAAGUUUUAUCUUGAUCAUAUGAUCACUUUGAUCUUCUCCAACUAUAUCAAUUACAGGUUCCACAAAAGGAAAAUGAUCGAGUGCUACUGGCGAAGAUAUUGAGUUUCAACCAACCUAUUCCACCCUAACUUUUCAUGAGUUCUCGAAGUGGAAGCCCGGAAAUAUAUGUAAGAUGAAAUGGGAAGAUGGAGCAAUAUCUCUUCAUAUUUUGUUGAAAGAUUACCUUAGAAAUGGUAGGCUUUCUAGUUUUGAAAUUGUUUGUUUGUUUUUCCUUUUUAUUGCUUUAGUGUUUGGGAGGGUUAUGUCCAAAGUAGCUAGCUAGCUAUGCUUGUAAUUCAUGCGGGAGACUUGGAGUAUCUGACAUUUUGAAGGGCCAGAUUGUCAUAAUAUAUCAAAUAUGAAUGCUAUGUGUACCAAGUUUCCUUCACUGAUUUUAUGAAAUUGUG